AUGGCGUGCAUACUACAGCAAACAAACCCAAAGCUCCGAAGCUACGUCGACAAACUUCAAGGCGGAAUAGGACGUAAUUUCACAGCGACAACGCUGUACCGCUCGCGUUUAGGCGCUGCUACGGCCGAGAAGUGUAUGCCGCAUCAGAUUGGCCAAAAGUUCUGGCCGCUUGCUUCCGAGCUCCGAUUGGUCGAAACCCCGUCGAACGCUACCAAGCUGGAGUUGGCUAAAUUAGGAGUGAAGAACUGUAGUAGCCGCUUCAAUAAGUCAGAUAGUCCCGAUCCACCGGUGAUUGUCGAAGCAUUCGCGUCACUAGAGGGGCGGUUGUGCAUGAGUGAUUCCCCCAAUCUUGGCCUCGUUCUGGUCCCAUAUCCAUACACGGAAGUCGGUUUGCUGUCCUUACGUCCCAGUUUACACAAAAGAGAACUGUGGUCUGUCGGGGCGGGUGGUACUAGGCGCGUGACGAACGAUGGUGUGAUGGUGGCCCGUUCAUCCAAUAUCACGUGCUUCGUCUUCAAAGAUGAGGACGAUGUCGUCAAAGGAUCCAAAGUAUUGCGCCGAGGCUGA